GCAGAGCCUCAUCUGUGCUCGUAUUCUGAGUCAGACCUUGGCAGACUUGCAGCUCCGGUGCCAGCAGGCAAAGCAAGCUGUGUGGGCACAAGUUAAGUUAUUCCUCACAAGCACAGCAGCAGGUGUUCCAAAGAGAAAACUUGGAAGCCAAACUGACACAUUCCAGUCCUCUCUGAGAGUGCCAGCCACAUGAGGUGUCAGGGCACCUGGCUGAGCAUUUCUGGAGAGAAAUGAGAGAGUGCAGAGGAAGAGGAUGUGGGUUAUGCCAAGGAAAGCCUCGCACUAGAUCAAUGACAACAGCAGCAAAUGUUGCUCUCAUUUACUGAGCGCCUGCUUCUUGCCAGCAUCUACGCCAAGGUUUAGAAACAAAUUACUUUAUUUAAUCCUUGUGAGGUAGGUACUCUAUUCCCCAUUUUAUAGAGGAGGAAACUGAGGUUCCGAGAGGCAAAAUGACUUGCAUUAAGGACACACAAAGUGAAGGAGAAACAUUCUGGUUUUUAGAAAUAUCGGCUCUCCAAAAGUGCAGUGAGAUCCCAAUGGAAACACUAGAGAUUUUUAAACAUUGAAUUCUGAGCAAGCCACACAAUAGAGCUAUGCGCUAAUGAUGAUACUUUCACCUCUUUGUGGAGCACUUAUUCUGUACAACGCUCUGCUGAACCUUCUACAGAUGCCUCCUUUAACUCCCGAGGGACCCUGAGAGACCCUGAGAGGUGAAGGGAGAGGAAAGGAGGCUGACUCACGCAGGCUUCCUGGUGCUUCCUCAGCAGUGGGGCCUCUGAUGCUGUCAGGGUCAGACCCAUGGGAUGGGGACCUUGGUGAACUGAAGCUCAAAGAGCCUGGCUGAAGGAGGUGCUCUUUCUCAGCCCCAUGCAAUUGUUGCCCCAUGGAAAUGAGGGCUAAGUUUUGUUGGAUCUUCAGAUUUUCCAAUAGAAGACAGAAAUCUGAACUUGUGCCUAGAAUCUCCUGGUUUUAUACUUUAACAAAUUUUUUAGGAUUUAAAACACUGCAGACCAAACAAAUGGCAUCCAUGGCCCAGGAGACCUCUGCAUUCAAGUAUUCUUACCUUCUGGUAUGUAUUUACUCUGAGAGGUGUGAGAUGCUUUAUCUCCUAUAACAGGCUGGAAUGUGAGUUUUGUUAUUAUCCCAUUUUACAGAGGAGGAAACUGAGUCUGAGAGAACUGCACACCCAAGGCCACAGCCUAGCUCAGAGACAAGACUGAGAGCUAAAAUUUCUCCUGGUUCAGAUGCAAGGCUAGGAGCUAAAAUGUCUCUUGGUUCUUUGAUGGGGGCUGGCCUAGGGCUGCUUUGCUUUCAGCUGUCAUUUUGAGCUGUCUCCAGCAGUGUGAAGAGGAGGGAGGAGAAAAGAUGAAAGGAGAGGACUGGAGUCCAUCCAGUCUGUCCCAGCUCCUGCCAGCCUCCAUCUGACCCUAGGAGAACACUCCUGGACCCAAGCUCCAGCCAAAGAGCCUCUCUCCCACGCAGGCCGGGAGGUUGCUUUCUAGGAGCUCAGGAUGCAAAGGUGGACACUGUGGGCUGCAGCCUUCCUGACCCUCCACUGGGCACAGGCCUUUCCACAAACAGACAUCAGUAUCAGCCCAGCCCUGCCGGAGCUGCCCCAGCCUUCCCUGUGCCCCCUGUUCUGGAUGGAGUUCAAAGGCCACUGCUAUCGAUUCUUCCCUCUCAAUAAGACCUGGGCCGAGGCUGACUUCUACUGUUCUGAGUUCUCUGUGGGCAGGAAAUCCGCCAAGCUGGCCUCCAUCCACAGCUGGGAGGAGAAUGUCUUUGUGUAUGACCUCGUGAACAGCUGUGUUCCCGGCAUCCCAGCUGACGUCUGGACAGGCCUUCAUGAUCACAGACAGGAAGGGCAGUUUGAAUGGACUGACGGCUCAUCCUAUGACUACAGCUACUGGGAUGGCAGCCAGCCAGAUGAUGGCAUCCACGCGGACCCAGAAGAAGAGGACUGCGUGCAGAUAUGGUACAGGCCUACCAGUGCUCUGAGGUCAUGGAAUGAUAACACCUGCAGCCGAAAGUUCCCCUUUGUCUGUAAAAUCCCGUCUCUGGCCAUUCAUUGAUCCUGUCUUGUCCUACUGGUGUGAGCUGAACUCCAGUAUCAUCUUGUAGCUGUACCCAGUGUAGAAUUGAAACUAAAUACAUGUAAAACAUACAUAGGAGGUAAAUCUCUUGGAUAGAGAUUUUAAACAAGCAGAUCUUAAUUAUACAGGGUGGUUACUUGGCCAAGUGACAGGAAAUUAUGCAGGGUGGUGACUUGGCCAGCUCAAAUUGGCUUAAUUAAUUUUUUUAAAAGGUGUUGUUGUUGUUGUUGUUGUUUUUUAAAUUGGCCCAAGUAACAGAAAUCCAGAGGUUGUUCUGAUUCAGAGUUGAAUCUCACUGGGCUGGCUCAAGUCAUAUGCCCAUCCCUGAAACUGUCACUCUGGCAUAUGCUAAGUGGCUAGACCCUGCUUAACUGCAUAUCUUUGGGACAGAAUGGGGUGGG